AUGAUCGAUAAUGGAGAAGACGUACAGGCGCAGGAAAAGACAGAGGAGGAGACAUUGAGGGAGUCGCUCUCUGCGAUUGAUCGCCAAUAUGCUGCGCAACCCAAUGUCGAGCGGCGCAUACAUAUCGUGGGCACGGGGAGUAUUGGCAAGCUUGUUGCGCAUUCUUUGCGGGGCAUACCCAAUCCACCGCCUGUCACUCUGAUCUUUCAUCGGUACAAAGUCUUGCAUGCGUGGGAGCGGAGUCCAAAGGUCAUUACCGUCCAGGAUGGAGAAUACAAAGUCCCGAGGGAUGGGUUCGACGCCGAAUUUGCGCCUGGAAACGUACGCCAGCAUGGUGUGGAGAUCCCACACGGAACGCAAAAUGUAUAUGAAGCGGCGGAUCAGGCGGGCGUUCCACCCCAUGAAAUGGCCAAAGUGUUCGCAGAGCGGGAGAAGGAGGCGGCAGCACAGAAGCAAGAGGAAGACAGCACGGCGGGAUAUACGCCGAUGAUGGGUGCACACGGCAGCGAGUCGAGUGAAAGGCGUCCGUUGCCUGGCGACUACGCUGAGUCCCCCGAAAUCAUUCACAAUCUCAUCCUCACCACUAAGACGAUACGGACUAUCUCGGCUCUUUCACGUAUUCGACAUCGCUUGAAUAGAGACAGCACAAUCUGCUUCCUACAGAACGGCAUGGGCGUUAUUGACGAUGUCAACGAGCAGCUCUUCCCAGAUCCCGCCACGAGGCCAAACUAUGUGCAAGGCAUCAUCUCUCACGGAGCCAACGUUCCACCCGAAAUGGCUGAGCGGGACCCUUUCUUUGUAGUUCACGCUGGCCAUGGGACAUUGUCUCUCGGCGCCAUUCCAAGGGAACCCACCACCGCCACGGCAGAUCGGCCGCCAACUCCUACCGGUUUCGGGACCGACAAUGAUGGCCAUAUGAGCGAGUCUCAGAUCGAAGAGUGGUCGCCAAGCGCGCGCUACAUGUUGCGAACACUCACCCGCACGCCGGUCCUCUGCGCGGUGGGCUUUACCCCAAUCGAGCUGCUCCAACUCCAACUCGAAAAACUCGCCGUCAACUCCAUCAUGAACCCUCUCACCUCACUCAUCGACAACCGCAACGGCGCCCUCCUCUACAACUUCCCCCUCUCGCGCACAAUGCGCCUCAUGCUCGCCGAAACAUCCCUCGUCAUGCGCUCCCUGCCCGAGCUCCGCGGCAUCCCCAACGUGCCGCACCGCUUCAGCGCCGAACGUCUCGAGACCCUCGUCGUCAGCGUGAGCAACAAGACCCGGGACAACGUGAGCAGCAUGCUGGCCGAUAUCCGGAACGGGAACCAGACCGAGAUCGAGUACAUCAAUGGGUAUAUCGUCAAGCGCGGCGAGGAGCUCGGCGUCAAGUGUGUGGUCAAUUAUGCCAUCAUGCAGACGGUGUUGGGCAAGUCUCUGAUGGCGAGACGGGAGUAUCAGGAUUCGGUGCCCGUGGAGGGACAGCGGUCGAGGAAUCAUCAGGGGAUUAAUCCGGACUUGUAG